AUCGGUAAUGCAGCCAAUGAGCGCUGGGCGCACAAAAGCCCUGAGCAAGCCCUGAUUCUCAAGCGAAAAAAAGAACGUCGACGGCGGAGACUCUCUUUACUCGACCGAAGCACAUCGACAACCACCCCCAUCGACCCUUGCUGCCGCUCACCGGGACUUUCACAAUGAAGUUCAUGAAAGUGGGCCGUGUGGCCAUCAUCACCCGUGGCCGUUACGCCGGUAAGAAGGUCGUCAUUGUCCAGCCUAACGACUCUGGCUCCAAGGCGCACCCCUUCUCCUAUGCCGUUGUCGCCGGUAUCGAGCGCUACCCCCUCAAGGUCACCCGCCGCAUGGGUAAGAAGACCGUCGAGAAGCGCAGCCGCAUCAAGCCCUUCAUCAAGGUUGUCAACUACAACCACUUGAUGCCCACUCGUUACACUCUCGAGCUCGAGGGUCUCAAGGGUGCCGUCUCCAACGACACCUUCAAGGAGGUUUCCACCCGUGAGGAAUCCAAGAAGACCGUCAAGAAGGCCCUCGAGGACCGCUACACCAGCGGCAAGAACCGUUGGUUCUUCACUCCUCUGCGUACGUUUCUCUACAUUUGAUUGGGUUGGGCUAUUGCGAGCGACAUGCUGACGGAGACAACAGGUUUCUAAACGGGGUUUUAUUGGGCGUUAUGUCGUUUGAGCGCGCAAGGUCUUAGAGAUGAGGCAAGGGAAAAAAAAAGGGCAUCGAGCACA